CAACUUGCAUAAGUCAAAGGUAAUGUUGCUUCAUUUCAAAUGGGAGUAACACACGAUCUUUGUGAGGAAGUCCUGUUCAAGUUUUAUGCCAAGGCUGAACACGUUGACUCGGUUUACAUCGCCAUGUGCAUUCUGAACGGUUUACUAACUUUCACCGCAAUCUUUGGAAAUGCAGCCAUAAUUUUCGCCCUACAAAAAGCUUCAUCAAUUCCAACUACAGCAAAAAUUCUGAUGCAAAGCCUGGCUGUGACUGAUCUAAGCAGUGGCUUCUUCACUCAUCCAUUGUACAUCGCAGUUGUCGCACGAAUUCGACAAAGUCACGAGUGUAAACAUGUUCAAGAAGUACUGAUGGCGUUUUUCGUUAUUUCCGCUGUUUUGGUCUCUGUAUCCCUCCAGACAGUAACUCUAAUCGGUAUUGAUCGCUUCCUAUCAAUAACUUUGCAUCUUCGAUAUAACCAGCUUGUUACACCAAAACGAAUCAUUGCAGUUGUCGCCAGCGCAUGGGUAUUUUCGCUAUCGAUUGUGUUUGUAGUAGUCUUCAUUGAAAUUCGCGUUGGAGAGAUAAUGCUUCUUGUGUUUUCUUAUGUUGCUAUGCUUUCACUCUGUAUCGUUAACUUUAAGGUUUACUCCGUGGCUCGCCGGCAUCAAGCGAUUAUCCAAAGUCAAGCGCAAGUGACGGCACAUCAUUUGUCCAACACUACAAACUCGGCACGAAACGUAAAUUUGGCUGUCAAAGUAUUGUAUGUAUUUGUAGUGUUUCUUUUCUGUAACUUGCCGUACUUUAUCAUUUUGACUGUGUUGCUUAUUUCUGGCCCAAAUGUUGUACUUCAAGGAGCCAUUCAAUUUUCCACCGUUUUAGUGAUGCUAAAUUCAUCAUUAAAUCCCGUUGUGUUUGGUUUGAAAAUGAAAGAAAUUCGCCAAAUCAUCAAAAGGGAACUCAAGAUGCUUUUUCACAGUACAUAAAGUUUAGAGAUAGAGAAGAAAAACUUUUAACUGAGACUGCUGUUUAGCACCUGUGGGUGAAUUUAAACAGAAAUUCUGACCAGUUUUAUCUGUGCUCAGAUGCGACACCAUUCCUCCUUAUCUCUACAUGUAAAGUUGUUAGGCCUCAUUUAUAUGGUCUCGGAUACCCGAGACAACUCUCCCCCUGACCCUAGGCGUGCUAACUUUUCACCUAUUUCUUAAAACGAUCUAGC